AUGCCCACCGUUCCAGAACACGUCCUGUCCUCGGCCACACCCAUCCGACUAUGUCCUCAGGCAAACGUCAACAAGCCUCAGGCAUGUCAAGCUUGUCAGCAGCGAAAGCGCAAAGUUAGUCUCAAUUCCCUCAAAGAGACGACCCGAUUGCUCGACCUGCGUCAGGAGGAAGAUCCCAUGCGUCUACGAGGUCAAGAUCACAGACAGGAGUCAUCCAAAGUGAGUUCUCCUUUGCCAGCAUCUCCUGACGUCAGCUUCCUGACCGAUCUGCUCAAGUCCGUGGAGGAGAAGGACAAGCGCAUCGCGACCCUCGAGGCUCUGGUCCAGUCGCAGCUGCCCGGUGUAGUCAUCAAGUCGCUUUCCAACGAUGAGCUCUCGGCGCUGUCUCUUUCCGCACCAGGUCCGUCAACAGCCCCGCCUCCCCCGCUACCUGGACCACUAGCGCCAAAACCUGGCCCAUCACGUCACGACGCGACCUUUGUUGCAGGGAAGGGUUCUGAGAAGAUGUCGCCAGCCUUACUCGCUUCCGUCGAGGAACGCCUAGCGAAUCUGGACUUUACUGCGCCCUCGUCCAAGCUGAGAUCUGUUCCGACACUCAAGCUGACGGUCGUGUCGUUCAUGCACUCCCAGCUCGGCGCCAAUGCCGAGUCGCUCGAGACCGUCACCGACUUUACCAACGUUGCGGUCUGGCCGCCGUUCGACCUCGGCGCAAAGUGCAUCCGCGCGUUCGUUCAGAACAAUGCGACUUGCCCGAUAUUCAGAGAGAGCGAGAUGCUCGAAAGGGGAAAGAAGGGGGACAAGAUUGACACGACGUUACUGAGGAACCGAGCGUUGAGUAACCUCUCGGCGGUGCUGAAGACGGAGAGCGGCGUUACAUGCGUCUCAUCACUAUUCCUCCUCAGCUUUUGGUCCGUGUUCGACUCUGGCGGUCCCGAUCUCGUGCCCAUCUUUCCCAUCAUUGUCGAGCUCGCCCAGUACUACAAGCUGCAUCAGGAGCCGAACCCCUCGCUGCCGAUCGAGGAGCAGGACCGCCGCCGCAUCCUCUUCUGGUCAAUAUACAACCAGGAGAAGGGCAUGGCGGGUGUGCUGCAAACGCCAGUCGAGCUGAAGGACGAGAACAUCACAGUGUCCCUGCCGCUGCGGCUCGACGAUCUCGGCCCAUUGACGGAAGGCGCCGAUCCGGUCGUCUGGUACCGGCACAUGACUGCGAUGCGGCAGAUCUUCUGGGACGUGUUCCACUUUGCGUGGAAGGCAAAGCCAAACGACGAGAUGCGUGCAAGCCUGCAAAUGCGGCUCGACGAGUGGCACGCACGCAACCCCCGCGGCGACGUGGGUGAGGGGGACAACUACUUCGACCUGUAUUACCACACGAUCCGCGCGCAGCUGUACCGCCCAACAACAGACGUUGUACCGGUCUGGCAGCUGGCGAUCCUCGAGGUGUCGGCAUUCAAGUCGCUGUCUGUCGCAAUGAAGCUGUACCAGGAGCGCAAGUGGGUCGACAACCCCUUCCACUUGUCGCACGCGAUCGCGAUGGGCAUGUCAUUGCUGUACUCGCUGCUGCAAAACUGCCGGACGGACCCGAGCAAGCAGGAGGACCCGGACUGGCGUAACCGCGCAAUCUCCAUGAUCGCGCAGUGCCAGGAGGUCGUGAGCCUGAUCUGCUCUGGGUGGCCGCAGAUUUCCCACCUGUCGCGUGCCUUCAACGAGCUGUCGAACCGGAUCCUGACGACAAUUUGCGGCUCGUACCCGAACCCGCUGGCUGAGAAUGCACCGCCGCCUGACAUGGCGCCGCGGCUGCCAGAGGACGGACAGCCGCUGCCGAUGGACGGCCUGCCGGGGCACACACCCAACUCGGACGACGCAAUGUGGCUGAAUGGUGCCAUCUCUAACCUUCAGAACACGGAGAUCGAGAUGAACCCUGCCGACCUCGAGGCAUUCAUGGAGAGCAUAGGAUGGUCCCAGGAGUGGGCCAUGGGCGGCGGCAUGGGGUUUGAUGGCACGCCGGUUGCCCCAUUGGCCUAA